UCCGGUGUUUGUUGUGCUAACUGCAGCUAGCUUGCGGCUAAACAGCGGUCCCAUCCCGGGAGUAUUUGGAGCCGUGUAGUUACGUGGAGGCAAAAGUCUACAUCGGUCUGUUCGCCGGGUUAGGACACGUCACUUCAGACAUGACUAAGCACGAGUUUGAGGUGGCCAUGACGUGUGAGGGAUGCUCAGGAGCUGUUACCAGGAUCCUGAACAAGAUGGGAGAUGUGAAGUUUGAAAUUGACCUGCCGAAGAAGCUGGUUUGGAUCGAGUCUGACAAAGACGUGGAUGUUCUGAUGACGGCGCUGCAAAAGUCCGGAAAGGAGGUCAAAUACAACGGCACGAAGUGAAGGACCUGCACCAGGAAAUAAUUCUUGCUGCUGCAAACUGAAGAUUUAAGAUGAAAUUCAAGUUAAAGUCUGAGACCCUCAGUGAGCCUGCACCCCCUCCCAUCCAGCUGUCACGCACA